AUGACGAUAGGAACACUCAUGGCCCCCGGGGUCCUCCACCGUGUCAUCCACGGCACACACACCCCUGAAAAAUGGCAGCAAGACCUCAUCACCGUGCGGCCCGCAAUGCUGCAGCACUACCGUCGGCAUAAAGUCCGGCAUGCAGAUUAUCCUGCCAUCAUACCCCACAAAGGCUCGCGAGUGAGGGGGAGUCUAGUCACGGGGCUGAACGAGCAGGAUCUUCGUCGCUUGGACAUCUUUGAGGGAUCGAUGUAUAAGAGAGACGUGGUAAAAGUACAAGUCCUGAAGGACGUGGCGUUGGAUCAAGCUGCUCCGGAAGACGAAGAGAAGGAGCCUGAUGUGGCAGACGAAGUCGAAGCACACACAUAUGUCUGGCUUGAGGACGUUGAAGAGACGUUGGACCCCAACGAGUGGGACUUUGCGGCGUUCAAGCGAGACAAGAUGCGUGCGUGGAUGGGAAUUGAAGAGGAUAACAGUGUGGAGGUGGACGAGGGCUUCGCCGACGUGGAUGCUGCAGCCAGUGCUUGGGAUGAGGCUGAUCUGCGAGAGGAAGGGGCAGAGCGGAAUGGCACCACGAAGAAGCGCCACGAUCCGAUGGGUGGCAGAGGGACAAAUGGCCAUAUCACACGGCAGCUGGAGGACGAGACCUUGCGGUGA